AUGAACUUUCAAACAAAUGCGUACGUGGAGACUGAGAUCACUAUGAACGUGCAGCCUGGAGUUCUUCUACAGAAUUGCGACUUUACGAGGAUGUCCUUCUCCUGUGGUUUGAAUGAAGGCUUUCAAAAAGAAAAUCCCGAGCAUUUGAGUGAUCAGUGCGACUCUGAGCUGUGUUCGGUGGGGGAAUCUCUGGCAGACAUAGAUGACGUAGCAGAUGAAGUGGAGGUGGAACAUAGCGAUGUUGUUGGAUGGGAGCAUGAAAAACCACACAAUUUGAAGUCAUAUGCACCAGCUAAUGUGCUCAUGACCAAUGACUCUCUCAAAAGUCGGCCGCAGCUGUUUGUUGGAGCUGGACCUUCCAUGCAAGAUCGCGACAGCAGUUCGAUGCAAUGGGGAGAUCCAGGUGACAUUCCAAGUUCGUCAUCCAGUUCUCAAUGUAUACCUGGAAUGAAGUCUCUUUUCAAAAUGUAUGGGGAAGUGGCAGUCCGUAAGGCUGCACAAACGCCCCUCAUCGACGCUGACGAAGCUGUUGCCGAGAAAGGCGAAGAGGCUGUGCCGGCACAGUUUAUGAGUAGAGACAAUGAGUACGAGGAGGUACUGGAUGAUGGCGCUCCAGAUGCAGACUUUAUAGCCUUGGACCCGGGUCAACUGUAUAGCAAGCGGAAGCAAACUCUUCAUAAACACAAAGAAUGGCCUUUAUAUUGGGAUCGACCUGUUGAUUUUCAUGAGGCAUCUCACAUACUAAUGGGUGCCAUUGCGGUGCAUGAGAGCAAAGUAUGCACUUCAAUACCUCAAGAAUUCCGUGGAGAAGGCACAUUCGUUAUCAACUGUGAAAAUCUUGAUCGAUCUGAUUCUAACAAUGACGGUUUGGGGAUGUGGGGGAGACCUACUGGAAGGAAUCGUUAUUAUGGUCAUUCUGAUUGUGGCCUUUUCGUUAGAAUGGAUGAUGGUAGAGGGAACUUACUUCCUCAUUCAAAGUACAUAUGGAAGUGCAUGAUGCGGAGAUAUGAACAUCCGAUGACUGCGAGUGUAAACAGAGGGCAGAAUCGUUUCAUUAAGAAGGUUUACACUGCUCUAUAUCCGCACGAGCGAAAGGAGAUCGUUUCAUUUAUUGUGAUUACGUACGAAUGGAUUGGGAAGCCGUUCAACUUCCGUUGCAUCCCUGUACCCACGAAAAAACGGCGUGGAGUUCUGGCUGCUCCUCAUCCACCCCCUGGUUCAAAAGAUUGGCAAGCCGCUUCUUUUCAAAACGGUGUUAUGGCCGCUCUCCCGGCUACCUGCUCUGCAUAUUUCGGUGAUUGUCCCUUGUAUGCUGUAGGAGCAAUUGAUUUCAGUGCUGUAGCUUCCAUUAUUCUUGGCGGAACUGUAGUCGAACCUUCUAAGAUAUGCAAUAAAGUCCCACAGGGAUAUCGAGAGUGUGGUACAUUCGUGAUUGAUUUGUGCAAUUUCGUCUCUGAUGCCGAACUUAGGAGAGAUGAUAAUGGAAGUUGGGGAAAACCUGCUGGAAAUUCAAGGUAUUAUAAAAUUGAUCCGGAUACUGGUGAUGCAGUGAGAGUUGAUCGUUGUUGCAAGCUAAUAGAAGGUGCCGAAUACGAUGUACAG